UGACUCACUUAUUCCUGGAUUGGUAGCUGCUAAAUUGGAGAGAGGGGCGUCCACAGUUUCAAAGUAAUUGAAGAUUCAGAUGUUGUCACUUUAAUGAUGUAAAUUGACCCUCCUCCACAGCUGAAAAAAAAACUACGUCACUCAAUACACGGAAGGUGUUUUCUGAGGACCUUACGAAAGAAAAGGGCAUUGGUCGUGGACAAAUCGAAUAUGUCGGAUAAGAUCCUGACUUUGGCCAGUUGUACUGAAAAGGCGGAGGAUGUCGAUAGUUCGUCAGGUAUUCAAAGCUGCAUUGUUUGAAUGAUAAACAUCACCAGGAAAAAUAUUAAGCGAGCUCUCGCAGGCCACUACCAAGUUGAAAGCAGAUUUGGAUUGAACUGUAUAUGUAAUUAGGGACUUAUUUACGGAUUCGGAAUAUGAUUGAUCUACCAUACUCCUGGUGAUUUUGCAGUUAUUCGCCGAAGGUUUCUGUUUAUUUUCUUACGAUGGAAUAAUUAUCGAGGAAACGUAUCUGACAAUAAGCGGUCUCGCGAUUUUUCUUGGAGUGUGUACACGAAAGGUUGAAAGCUGUUUAAAAAAGAGAAGUUGGAAUCAUGAAUUACUCUUUGAAGAGGGAAUACCUUGAAAAAUGGAUGUCCCUUAUUAAUAGACACCCGUUUUCACGCGGAUGUGAUGAUGAAGACAUGUUCAAGGUGCCUCCGGCACGUUCCGUCAGCAUGUCGAGUCUUCGGAACCCCUCUGGACAUCCCCUAAUAAACAUUUCAGAAUACGACAGACCUGUGUCGUACAGUUCGGACGAGGAGUCCAGUAACCCGACAUCGCCCUAUCACCAGGCACGGAAUCAGCAAGGUGCGCUAAGCGAUCGAUCAAAGGAGUCGGAGAACGAAGAGCUGCUCUCAGAGAACGAAUCGGAGUUCCAGCUUCACGUAGAGCAUGUGGCCACGCUCUCGCCCAAACCUACCAGAUCGGAUUCUGUAAAAUUGAAGAGGCAGUCUAAUGGAAGACAAUACCGGAAAAAUUCUCAACCAAUAGGAAGUGCUACGCCACCUAAGCCGGCCCGAAGGAGCGCGAGUUUGAAGCUCAAACGUAUGCACCUGGAUGUAAACAAUCAGUCGAAAGAGCGGACGAUGCCUUGCCUACCCAAAUGCAGUAACCGACCAACGAAUCCAUCCAUCACAAUAACCAUUGAAUCAGACGAUGAUUCUAUCUACAGUGAUUAUUUGAAUCCUGAUGUUAAUUACAAGAAUGAGAUAAACCGUGUUCACUUUGUUGGGGAUGAGACCUCGCUGUAUGGGACUCCCAGAGAGGAACUGUUGCCCCCUACUGGCGACACGGCCUCCAAUGACCUGUACAACAACAAGUCCAGUCCGACCAGCUUCCUCAAGGAGCAGAUCAUUUCUUUUUUUCAACCGUCGGAUAAUAAACUUGCAAUGAAGUUGUUUGGGAAUAAAAACUCUCUACAGAGGGAGAAGAUGAGACACAAGCGGGUGGGGAACUGGGUGAUACAUCCCUGUAGCAAUUUCAGGUUUUAUUGGGACUUGUUCAUGUUAGUCCUUCUACUAGCCAACCUUAUCAUCUUACCAGUAGCCAUAUCGUUCUUCAACAAUGAUCUCUCGGAGGAAUGGAUAGCAUUCAACUGUAUAUCCGAUACCGUGUUCUUUUUGGAUAUUAUUAUCAACUUCCGGACAGGUAUAAUUCUAAAUGAUUUUGCCGACGAGAUUAUUUUGGACCCUAAAUUGAUUGCCAAACAUUAUGUCAAGUCUUGGUUUUUCCUCGACUUAAUCAGCACAAUACCAAUGGACUAUAUCUUUCUUUGGUGGGACGCAGAAGCCGACUUUUAUCAAAUGGUCCAUGCAGGUACGGGUUUGCGAGUGGAUGCAGGCUCAUACUGGCAAGGGCGAGCCUUACGAAUUCUACGUCUAGCCAAACUCCUGAGUCUCCUUAGGCUGCUGCGGCUGUCGCGACUGGUUCGCUAUGUUCAGCAAUGGGAGGAGCUGUUAAAAUCUAAGAAGUUUGACGCAAACCCUUGUAUGACUAAGUGUGGACGACGCAGGCGCCCGGGGUUCCUUGCUGUGGCUGGAAAGUUCAUGCGGAUAUUUAAUUUGAUAUGUCUGAUGUUACUCCUCGGUCACUGGAACGGCUGUCUACAGUUUCUGGUUCCCAUGUUAGAGGACUUUCCAAGAGAUUGUUGGGUUUCUAUUGAAGAACUUAAGAAUGCUUCAUGGUGGACCCAGUAUACGUGGGCUUUGUUCAAAGCUCUGUCACAUAUGCUUUGCAUAGGGUAUGGUCGUUUCCCGCCACAAAAUAUGACAGACACGUGGCUUACAAUUUUGAGCAUGCUCAGUGGUGCUACAUGCUACGCGCUUUUCCUUGGACACACUACAACGAUAAUUCAAUCUUUUGAUACAUCACGAAGACUUUAUAACGAGAAGUUCAAACAAGUUGAAGAAUACAUGAUAUACAGAAAGCUUCCGAGAAAACUGAGACAGAAAAUAUCUGAAUACUAUGAACACCGUUACCAAGGCAAAAUGUUUGACGAAGACAAUAUACUGGACGAAUUAAACGAGGUUUUAAGACAGGAGGUGAUCAACCACAACUGUCGAGCUCUGGUCAAAUCCGUGCCAUUCUUCACAAACGCCGAUCCUCAGUUCGUGUCGGCGGUCAUAAGUAAAUUAGAAUUCGAAGUCUUUCAACCGGGGGAUUAUGUAAUUAGGGAGGGAACUAUGGGAAAUAAAAUGUACUUCAUCCAGGAGGGCAUCGUCGACAUUAUCACCAAGGACAAUGAAAUCGCCACCUCGCUUUCUGAUGGCUCAUAUUUUGGCGAGAUAUGCCUGCUUACCAAUGCAAAACGAGUGGCUAGUGUGCGGGCAGAAACAUACGUCAAUUUAUAUUCACUGUCAGUACAACAUUUCAAUUCAGUACUGGAACGAUAUCCGCUCAUGCGCAGAACGAUGGAAAGUGUUGCCGCAGAACGACUAACGAAAAUCGGCAAAAAUCCGAGCAUCGUUAGUAGUAGAGCGGAUCUGGAGGAGGACCAGAAAUUAGUCAAUGAGAUCGUCAUGGAAUCCACCCCUGUCGUAACGAGUGCUAGUGAAGACGAGGACAAAGAUUCAGACGACAGCUCCGAGAGUUCGAAAAGCUCGCGCAGGAAGAAAAAAUUCAAGUUCGAUUUCACAGGAAAGUUGCAAAAAAUCACUGAGGAAAGGAAGUCGAAAUCAAGAGAGAGCCUUCACAAGGAUUCCCUUGAUAUGCCAAACGGGAAAAUGGAAAAGUUGCGCAAGAUGCCGUCCGGUUCCAAUUUGUUUGGGCUACGAGUAGGUUUUGCAGGGUUUUCUGACAGAAAACGAUCGGAAAGUGUGGGAGCGAAUUUGAAUUCAAUAGAACAUCAUUCUGGGUCGGGCCAAUCGGGGCAAAGUUAUCUUCCUCGUAGGGCCAGUUUUCUUGGAACGAAGUUCUUUAAACCGAAAGAACCAAAGAAAGAAAAGAAAGAAAGGACCAGAUCAACGGGAGGAAAUGAUUCACCAUCAUCAGAUGGGAAAGGCGGUGUGAUUCAGUUCCUAACAGUUCCCCUUCAAGCUGAUCUGAGGCAUAAACUAAAGGGAAAGAAAUCGAAAUCAGAACACUCGGUUUCACAAAAAGAACCUCCCACCAAUAUGCAUUCCCAGGACAUCAUUGAGGAAUCUCCUCUCAAUGUGCAAUCAGGAAGCGAUAGUAUACCUGAAACAGUGGUGCAUCAGACCGAUAGGGCUAAAGAAUGCGUCUAUCAGAUAGAGGAUAUAGAUGAGUCAUCACCCAGUUCCCAUCUUUAAGUAUUUUCAUUUUUUUAAUUUAAUUUCAUAAAAAUUUCAUCGUUCGAAUUUAGUGUACACUUCGGAAGAUUUUUAUCAUAAAGUUUAAUUACAAGAUUCAAUAUGCCAUAUCAUAAAGAUAAUAUUUGACUUUUUAAUGCAAUUUUAUUAUGCAACCAGGUAUAAAUACAUGUGGAUUUAAUAGUACAACAAAGUUUAAAUUCUUUAAGGAUUCUAGUGUUUUUUUCUCUUUAUUGAAAAUUGUAAGGCAGCAUAAAUAUUUCUUAAGAAUAGAAACUUUUGUAAAAUAUAAUUAAUUAAUAAAUAUGUCUACCCUCGAUUGAGAAAGUUGGAUAAUAGUCACAUUUAUUAAGUUAUUUCAGCCCUAUAUUUGCAUUCUGAUAAUUUUAUAUAGUAAAGAAAAUUUUAUUUGGUUUAGUACAUGUAGCAUUUAUAUCAAACACAUCAAUAAAUGAUUGGAUUGUGGUUUCGUAGUUAAUUGGGAAAACUAUAACUUUUUUUUUUUAAUUUUCGAAAGCGAGAGAAACGAAAACUUUUGUUGUUUGAAAUACAAAAUAAAGCCCACCCUCUUAAAUAUUUUAAAGAUAUAUGGUAACAUAAAAGAUAAAUGUAGACUAAGACCUUUUAUCUGAACUUUUUAUCUUUAAACAGUGUUUUAUUCGCGAAAAAAUUUAUUCAUCACAGAAUUAUCAUAAGGUUGUAAUAAAAAGGCUUUAUUAUGCUACAAAUUGGACAUCUACAGCUAAGAUACCUCAUGAUUUAAUUGAAACUCUAUAUCAUACCACUGUAUGCAUAUCAAGUAAUACUGUUUUUCCUUUGACGAAGUGCGUGUUGCUUCAAUCGUCCACCAUGGUUUUUUUUCUUUUCUUAGUGCAUUAGGAUGAACCACUUCUUUGUAAAAAAAAAAUUGUGUCUGUAACCGCUUUAUGUAAGAAAAACAAGAAGUCCAGAUAUAUUUAAUUUUAGUUUGAAAACAUGAAAUUUCAAGGUUCGCGAGAUUGAUUUUCAUGUGCCAUGUGUAAGAGUUGCAAUAUUAUUGCUACAUCACACAGUGAUAUAAUGAGACAUUUUACUGUUUUUAUGAGGGUAAUUGCCUUGUCUUGUUCAUUAUUUUUUCGUAUUAUUGUUUAGUGUUUUAAUAUUAUUGUAGUGCAUAUACAAUGCACAUCAUGCGUGCCAAAUUGUCUUUUUUGUAGUGUGUAGUUUACAACGAAUUUUGUUACUUUAAUGUCUCGGUUUGCAUAUUUUGACGAUCAACUAUUUUUCCUCUUAAAAUUCAAAGCUUUAACUUCAUUGGUCUAUCAGUAUUAUAAAUUAAAUUAGCACGAACCCUUGUUGGUUUUUAUGUGUAUACUGAUAGUCAACUCCUUUAUGCAAUUGCAGAAUUCAUAAAACACACGGUUAGAUUUAUUUUCCAAACAUUGCUGCAGGGUUUAUAUUUUUUCAUGUUAAAUCCAUCAUAAUGUCCAUAUUUGUUAAUUUAUAUAUUGAAGAACUGGUUUGAAAUGUAUUUCGGUGUUACAUCAUAAUGGUUCUGUCACUUUGUAGUUGUUAAGUUUUGUUAACGUACUUUACUAAUGUAUUAAAGUCUCUUUGUUUUCUAAAAAAAAAAAUACAUUCCAAGGCGUUGUCCCCCUUUUUUAACUUCUUAUUUUGUUUGAAAUAAGCAUGUUUCGAUUAAAUGAUUGUUUUGUCGUAUUUAUGUUCCCAGAAAGAGAAAAAUAUCCCCCUUUGCCUCUGUGUAACACAGCAAGAUUAUGUAGUACAUUGCAACAUAAUUGUUUCCUAGAAACUAAUGUUAUUCUGUAGAUAAGAUCGACUGUGAUAUUAUACAUGCAUCGCGAUUUUCUUUCUUUCGUUCUGUUUUUUUUUAAAGAAUAUUUGUUAUAUAUUAUUUAUUUAUGUUGGUAAGAACGUUAUCUCUGACUCCUUUAGUAAAAGGCCAAGGACAGAGAACUUACUGAUUUUCACUGAGUUAUCAGAAUAAAAACUGAAACAUUUUCAUA